AUGGAACAGUGGAUUCAAUGGAAGAUUCAACGGCGGAUUCGAUGGAAGAUUUCAACAGUGUAUUCGAUGGAAGAUUCAACGGUGGAUUUGAUGGAAGAUUCAAUGAUGGAUUCGAUGGAAGAUUCAACGAUGGAUUCGAUGGAAGAUUUCAACGGUGGAUUUGAUGGAAGAUUUCAACAGUGUAUUCGAUGGAAGAUUUCAACGGCGGAUUUGAUGGAAGAUUUCAACAUGUAUUCGAUGGAAGAUUCAAUGAUGGAUUCGAUGGAAGAUUUCAACGGUGGAUUCGAUGGAAGAUUUCAACAGUGUAUUCGAUGGAAGAUUUCAACGGCGGAUUCGAUGGAAGAUUCAACAGUGUAUUCGAUGGAAGAUUCAACGGUGGAUUCGAUGGAAGAUUUCAACAGUGUAUUCGAUGGAAGAUUCAACGGCGGAUUCGAUGGAAGAUUUCAACGGCGGAUUUGA